AUGGAUAAUGGGCAAUGGUUAAGGAAGGGUAUUAUAGUCAUAGCCCGUUCCAAAACCCUAGCUUCUCCCACCCUCAUAUUUACCUGUUUUUUACUCCCGUUCCCACCACCAUUGCUUAUUGCUGCUGCUGCAAUUCUCUCCCUUCUCUUCAGAUUCCAGAUUCCAUUAGCAAUGGCUUCCGAGAAGAAACUAUCGAAUCCCAUGCGGGAAAUCAAGGUCCAGAAGCUCGUCCUCAACAUCUCUGUCGGUGAGAGUGGCGAUCGUCUCACCAGAGCCGCAAAGGUGUUGGAGCAGCUUAGUGGCCAAACCCCAGUGUUUUCCAAAGCAAGAUACACUGUCCGAUCUUUUGGUAUCAGAAGAAAUGAAAAGAUUGCGUGCUAUGUAACUGUUAGAGGUGACAAGGCAAUGCAGCUUCUGGAGAGUGGAUUAAAGGUGAAGGAAUAUGAACUUCUGCGAAGAAACUUCAGUGAUACCGGGUGCUUUGGUUUUGGUAUUCAGGAGCAUAUUGACUUGGGAAUCAAGUACGAUCCCUCAACUGGUAUUUAUGGAAUGGACUUUUUUGUCAUUUUGGAGCGCCCUGGUUAUCGUGUUGGCCGCCGCCGUCGUUGCAAGUCUCGUGUUGGGAUCCAACAUCGAGUUACCAAGGAAGAUGCUAUGAAGUGGUUCCAGGUGAAAUACGAAGGUGUGAUCCUCAACAAGUCACAGGCAAUUGUUUAA